CUCACAUUUUUUCGUGCGCAUCUUAGAAACGCGCGCGGUGUUCCGUGAGAAUGAAGGAUUGUUGUUUUCUGUUUGAGCGGAUCUAUUAGAGAAUGCUCGCGUUUUAACAAAAAUACUGAAUAAAAAUAGUGUUUUAUAGUAAAACAUUUCGUAGGUGAUUCAGAAUUUCGCAAAUGACGAGUGACUAUUUGUUCUUAUUUUUGUGACAACAGAAAGAUACAAAUAUUAUGCGAUAAUAAGUGUAUGUAAACUAACGUCAAUUGUUCACAUGGUGCAUAUGGAAAUUUGGAUUUAUGAAGAGGAACCUGUGAUUAAAGUGUGAUUCAACUUCAAACUUACUUAAAGAAGGUUCCUUGUAGACGUUUUCUCUGGCUGAGAAUAUUAGCCGUAAGAGGGGCAGCAAAGGUGAAAUGCAUUAAAUACAUACGGCACGAAGCAGUUGGAUAAUAUUGAUAGAUAAAUAAACAGAGAACACAACUGAGGAAUACUGCGUUUGUCGUAAACACGGCCCGGUCUAUCGAUUGAAUAGCAAAGGAUAGAAAGUAACAAAGGCAUUUCGAAAAAUCCUCGUCAAAUAUAAAGUAAUUUCACUGAUGGAUGAAACACAUCUAUUCGGCGAGAUGCCAAAAUCAGUUGUCUCAGAUGCACCACGCGAUCAAUCGAAGACUCCUUUCGGUUUGGUUCCAACAGAAGAAAACGAAAAAAGCUCGGGGAUUGGAAGCGCCGUUAGUAGCAUUCUUAGCGUUGACAUUGAUCAGUUGGAGGACAAUGAAAGAUUAAGGUACACUACAUUCGAACCGCAACAUAGCUCAGCCUUCACUGCUACGGCCAGUAACGAAGGUGGAGCAAGCGAUGAUCGGAAUGAAAAAGCUCAGAACAUAGUGAUUGACAUUGAAAGCGAUGGAGAAAACACACAUAACGACACGAUGAGUUUUCAGGAUAUUGUACAGCAGCUUCAUACGAGCUUCGCUAGUGGAAAAACACGAAAUGUCGAUUUCAGAGAAAAACAACUCAAGAAUUUGCUGCGCAUGUACGAAGAAAACUCCACCGAGAUGGUCAAUGUGUUGGCUUCGGACCUGAGGAAACACAAACAGGAGGCCCAUGUGCUGGAGAUAGAUUUUCUCAUCAAUGACAUUCGCAACACCAUCUUCAACCUGCGCGAAUGGGUGAAACCGGAGACCCCGGAGAAAACUAUGGUCAACAUUAUGGACGGAGUGUACAUUUACAAGGAUCCGUAUGGUGUUGUUUUGGUUAUCGGUGCCUGGAACUACCCACUGCAGCUGACACUCGUUCCAGUCGCUGCCGCAAUUGCGGCCGGUAACUGUGUGCUUAUCAAACCAAGUGAAGUUGCCGCAGCCACAUCAAAGUUCAUCGCCGAGAUGAUCCCAAAAUAUCUCGACUCAGAAUGUUACCGAGUGGUGGAAGGCGGUGCAAAGGAAACCUCAGAGAUAUUGAAACAGAAGUUCGAUUACGUUUUCUACACUGGUUCUGGUCGGGUAGGGCGGCUCGUACAUCAGGCGUGCAAUGAGAAUUUGACCCCUUGCACACUCGAACUUGGCGGCAAGAGUCCUUGCUAUAUCGACAGCACAGCGGACAUUCCUAUUGCUACCAAACGAAUUCUUUGGGGGAAAUUUAUCAACGCAGGACAGACAUGCAUCGCGCCAGAUUAUUUGCUGUGCUCGAAGGAUGUGCAGAAACAAUUUUUGGAAGAAGCUGGAAAGAUUCUGAAGGAAUGGUACGGCAGCAAUCCUAAGGACAGUCCAGAUUUGUGCCGAAUCAUUAAUCAGCAACAUUUUCAACGUUUGAGUGCCAUGAUUAAGGGAGCUAAUGUAGCAAUUGGAGGGGAUACAGAUUCGGAGGAAAAAUAUAUCGCCCCGACAAUCCUCAUCGAUGUCAGCCCGAAUGACCCCGUAAUGCAGGACGAAAUUUUCGGCCCAAUCCUGCCAAUUAUUAACGUCGAGAAUGCGUACGAGGCUAUCCGGUUUAUCAACUCGAGGGAUAAACCCUUAGCUUUGUACAUCUUCAGUAGAAAUAAGACGGACCGAAGAGCAAUAAUUGCUAACACAACUAGUGGUGGGAUCUGUAUCAAUGAUACAAUGCUACACCUUGCAGUUGAAACAUUACCUUUCGGCGGCGUUGGUUCCAGUGGAAUGGGCGCGUAUCACGGAAAGUAUUCGUUCGACACGUUUACUCACAGAAAGUCUUGUCUAUCGAAGGAUUUCAAUGUCAUUGGAGAGACUCUGGCAGCUUCACGAUACCCGCCGUAUUCUGAUAACAAGCUGUCUUUUCUGACGACAUUGCUGAAAAAGCGACAAGGAUUCUCCACCAAGUACCUGCCGUACCUUAUGAUGUUUGGUGUUGGUGUCGCAACGACGCUUAUCGUGAGUUCAAUUAUGAAGGAUAGAGACGAUUAACGUAUUCCGAUCCUGAACGACACAAGAUGCUUACACAUCUUUAAACAGACUGUAAACAAUGAGACAAACCGAGCAGAAUGUACGGUAGAAAUGUUAUUAUUUCUAAAACCCUUUUGUGAUAAAGCGUACUUUUUCUUCUGGUCAACUGGGUAUAGGUUUCAUAUUCAACCUUAAUAUAUUAGCUGUUGCACAAUUGUUAUAUUAUUUUAUUCACAAUAUGAUUAGAACAUAUAAAACAUUGUUUUUAUUUGCGUAAAUUUUAAACAACUACUAUCGGAGGUAAUAAAUCGUGGGUUAGCCUCUCGUAUAAGGGCGGCAUACAAACGUACAUUCGAACUGGUCAUAUAGAGAUUAAGAGUGGCAAUAGACUUGCAGAUUGUGUAUUGGCAAGAAUAUUUCAGUUAAGUAUACUCAUGUAUGGAUGAAUAUAUUGAAUAAAAUAUUUUUGCAAAACUGUC